AGUGGAAGUCAAAAAAGAAUUUAAUGUUACGAGUUUCUUCUCUCUAGAUUCAUUUUUUUUUUCUCUCUCUCUCACCAUCACACAUAACACAGAAGAAUCCAUGGCUGCUUCUUCAUCCUCUAAUGCUUCCUUCUUUGGAGUUCGAGAAGAAGAUCAAACUCACCUUCUUCCUCCGAAUCCCUCCGCGGCCGUCGCUCCUCCUCCUCCUCACCACCAGCCACUGCAGUCUCAGCAACCUCUUGAAGCUCCACCGCAGAAAAAGAAGAGAAAUCAACCAAGAACUCCAAAUUCCGAUGCAGAAGUCAUCGCUUUAUCUCCAAAGACACUAAUGGCUACAAAUAGAUUCAUAUGCGAAGUAUGCAACAAAGGUUUUCAGAGAGAACAGAAUCUACAACUUCAUCGAAGAGGACACAAUCUCCCAUGGAAACUUAAGCAGAAGUCGACCAAAGAAGUGAAGAGGAAAGUGUAUCUUUGUCCGGAGCCCACGUGCGUCCACCAUGAUCCGUCACGUGCUCUCGGAGACCUCACCGGAAUCAAGAAACAUUAUUACCGUAAGCACGGUGAAAAGAAGUGGAAAUGCGAGAAAUGUUCUAAGCGUUACGCUGUUCAAUCGGAUUGGAAAGCUCACUCCAAGACUUGUGGUACCAAAGAGUAUCGUUGCGACUGUGGUACACUCUUCUCCCGGCGAGAUAGUUUCAUUACACAUAGAGCCUUCUGUGACGCGUUGGCUCAAGAGAGUGCGAGACACCCAACUUCUUUGACUUCUUUACCAAGUCAUCACUUCCCGUACGGACAAAACACCAACUCCAACAACAACAGUUCAAGCAUGAUGCUUGGUUUGUCCCACACGGGGGCCCCACAGCAUCUUGAUCAUCACUCUGGCGACGUUCUCCGACUUGGAAGCGGCGAAGGAGUAGGUGGAGGAGCCGCCUCACGCUCUUCAUCUGAUCUCAUUGCUGCAAAUGUUUCAGGUUACUUCAUGCAAGACCAAAACCCUAGCUUUCAUGAUCAACAACAAGGAUUUUUGGCUGCAAGCAAUAACAUCAAGCCAUCACCAAUGAAUUUUCAACAGAGUCUGAUGCAGUUCUCGCAUGAUAGCCAUAACUCUCCUUCCUCCAAUCUCUUCAAUCUCAGUUUCCUCUCUGGAAACAACGGAGCUGCUUCUGCUACAAGCAACCAGAAUGCUGCUGCUGUUUCUUCCGGUAAUCUUAUGAUCUCGAACCAUUUUGAUGGCGAAAAUGCUAUUGGAGGCGGAGGAGGAGGGGAAGGAAGCACGGGUCUCUUUCCUAACAAUCUGAUUAGCUCGGCGGACAGAACAAGCUCAGGAGCAGUGCCUUCACUCUUUAGCUCAUCAAUGCAAAAUCCCAUAUCAACACCUCAAAUGUCAGCCACUGCUCUUCUUCAAAAAGCUGCUCAAAUGGGUUCAACCUCAAGCAGCAACAACAACAACAACAACAACGGAAGCAGCAACAAUAAUAAUAACAAUGCCUCAUCCAUUCUAAGAAACUUUGGGAGUGGAAUGUACGGAGAAAACGAGAGUAAUCUCUAUGAUUUGAUGAACUCUUUCUCUAACCCCGAUCCAACGGGAAACAACGUUAAUGGAGUACAUUCUCCGUUUGGUUCGUACGGAGGAGUGAACAAGGGAUUAAACGCUGAUAAACAAAGCAUGACUAGAGACUUUCUUGGAGUUGGACAGAUCGUAAGAAGCAUGAGUGGAAGCGGAGGGGUUCAACAACAGCAACAACAACAUGGGAAUAGUAGAGAAAGAGUUGGCUCUUCGCCGGAUUCUGUCGAUAGAAACAGCACGACUUUGAAUCCUUGUGGUGGUCCGGCAACCUCACCACCGUAUGGAAUCCAUCAUGCUAGUUUCUAGCUAAGAGAAUUUUUUUAAAAAGGUUUCUAGUUCAUCAACAUAGAUGCUAUCUUUUUCAGGUACGCAUGUCGUCAUCAAAAUCCGCAAUUAUAAUUUUGUUGCGAGUCUCUUGAUACUUAAGUUUAUCAGCAAAAAAUAGUUGCAAUUUAUCUAAACUCAGCUCCUUUUUCUCUCUUGUAAAAGAUUUUGCGUUUAUAUAUAGUUUAUAUAAAUGGAUUCAUGACUCUUAAAAAGAAUUGCAGAUGAGUUUAUGCCUUUA